CAUGACAGUAUUUUAGUUUUGACGCAUAUUAGCAUGCACAUAACCCAGUCACCCAGCAUACGGGUCUAACAUCUCUAGAAUUCAGAUGUUGCGCGUUUGUGAACUACAUUUUCGCACUGUCAUUAUUGCCGUUUCCACUUCAAGAAGCAACACACUUUUUCAGGGCUUUGCAUUUUCCACUCUCUCAACUCUUCCAGCCCGCUGGAUCUGUAACCAUUACUGAAGUCAAACUUUUAUCUUUGCAAUGGGGGACAUCGAAGCUCCCGAUACGACUGGACCGCGCCAAAGUGUCCUUCAAACUAUUCUCCCAAUCGCAAAAGAAUUCGCAUCUUCACGGAAAGGACAACUUCUUAUUGCAGAAGUGGCUCUGUCCCUCAUCGCGUUCAUCUGUUUUGUGGCAUCCACGGCAGCAGCCUUUGUUACAGCACCCCUCAUUGAGUUCCUGGCUGCCCUCUUCCUCCUAUUUGCCUAUUCCACCAAAUUCAAUGAGCGAUUUAAGGGAUUCCACUUCCCCCUCAUGGAUUUUCUGCGCUGUGUCAGUGCGUCCAUCAUCUUUUUCAUCAUCUCCAUAAUAUCAGUUUCCAAGUUCACAGACGGGGCCUCUAAAGCAGCAGGGGUGUUCGGGUUCAUUGCCACCAUUGUUUUUGCGCUAGAUUUCUACUUCAUCUUUAAUGACCUGGCUAAUUUCCUCAAAAAAGGUGGGGACUCGGGUGACGAGCCACCAAGAACCUCAGACUACAACGACUCAGACUCUGACUCAGACUGAAGAGGUUCUACCCCAGGGAUCGUGUGUGUCCAGUCCACCAUGCCGGACAGGAAGACAGCCAUACUGCAGAAGUCAACGGCAUCCUGAAGGAUUCACAUUUCAUUUUAAACUGACGUGAAAACAGGUUUCCAAUCUCAGUCUUUAGGGCAUUGGAAUGUUGGCGCGUACAAUGAUCAAUUACGGUUACAGUAUUAUUUUCCAAAUGCUCUAAAAUUGCCCAAACUCUGAAAUACAUUUCUGAAGCUGUGAAUGAACUGUGGUAUUUAUAGUGAUGGCUAUUGGUUUACAGUUGCGCCGUCUCCAGCAUGGGGAACAAAGGCAGAUUACACUAAAUUUAAAUGGAAGAAUCGGGAGAAAUUCCCUAUAUGUUUUUAUGAGGUUUACAUCAUUGAAAAGAUUGGCAGCUGGUUGGCUGGUUACACCAUCUGUCCAAUCAUCAUACUUGCUUUGCUUGAUUUUUCAUUUUCUGGUGACCUUUAUUGAAAAUGUUCCUGUAUCUGAUGUGAUAUCCUAGCAUUAAAAUAAUUUUGUGACAGAUCCAUGUUCACCGAGCUGAGAACAUUGACUGUGCAUGGCACUUAGCGACUCUUACCGACUGCCUAAAUGGCCACUUCCUGUUUGAAUUUGAUUUGUCAGCAGAAUGUUUUCUUCUUUCUUCCAAUUCAAAAAACUUUUGAUCAUGGAAAAGCACUAGGAGACUUUUGUUAUUGUGUUUGAAAAGUAAACUGCAAAUGUGGUAGGACUGCAUUCAUUGAUUGAAAAUGGUACACCAAAAUGUUUUCCUAUUUAGGUUUUCUUACCAGGUUUGUACAUUAAACAUUUGUCAAUUUGCAGGUCAUGUAAAGAAAAUAAAGAAAUCCGCUGAUUUUCAGCCAUUUGUAAGCUUUUCUUUGUUUAAUAAAAAAAUUGUUCAAUAGCAUUUCCAAAUCCAUUUAUUUUGAGACAAGGUUGUCACCAUAAACUAUAGUUUUGUUAAAUCUACAGAAAAUUAUUUAAAUACAUUAGAUUUUAAUACUGCCUCCUAGAGUCCAAUAAAUACCUGUAUCAGUUACAGAACAUUUAAGAAAAUCAAGGUUAAACUUUAAAAAGAUAAGAGCAGUAAGUCUUCACUUUAAGAUUAGCCAUUUCAGAUGUUGAGUGGUUCAAAACCUUGAUACAAGCUAUAACCUCUGCAUGAAGCACUGUUGUUAAAGUUGUUUUAAGCAUGUUACAAGAUAUUGUAAUAUAAAUACACCUAGUUCAAAAUAUUAGGUUAUAUUUACAGAGUGCUCUAGAUUGUUAAAGCCUUCAUGAAGCAUUAACUUGUAUUGUUCCACUAUAGUCACAUAAUUUCACUACUAGUUAAAGCAAGGAUUACAUAUGCACUCACAUGGUCUAUUACUGUAUGUUAUAGCAUACUGUAUUACUAGAUAAAGGAGAUGGAUCCACUCCUGUGAAGUCAAGGCAUAAUAUACCACUUAAAACAAUCAACCCAGUCCACCAUUGAAUAGAGAGACAUAAAUAGAAACAUUUGAUUGUCUAUUCUUCACACAAAACCACCCACUCACACGUUUCAAUCAUAAUCAACAGUUAUUACGGUCAAUUCCUUCAAAUUAAAUCUGCAAUUUGAGAUUUGCAAUGUUCCCGCCCUCGCCUACAAAGUCAUUAAUUUAGUUAGGCCUUAAGAUUGUUCUCACAAAGAAUAUUGGUUCAUCAACUCUUAAAAAUACAAAAUAUGAUCAUUUUGACAAAGAUGGCAUCUUUUAAAACAUUUGUAAGAUGUCCCACAACCAGGAGUGGGUGCACUUCAGUACAUAUAAAGCAUCCACCGUGAGCAGUUCCUCUGAGGGUAUCCUUACCAUAAUCCACAUAUACAUAAAGUUUUACCAGCAGGGUCAGUGGAAUACAGAACACCCGGAAUCACAAUGUUGUGUAGAUGUAAACACACAAUACUAUUUAGAACAAAAAAUACAAAGGCCAAAACACAAGUCAACAGUUCUAAAAGUCCUUCAUCCUAGACACAUUCAGUACAAACUUGCACAUAUGAACAGACAUAGGCUACAUAUCCAUAAAUGCGAUCUCAAUGUCCCUUGCUCUGUUUGUCUGUACCAAAACAAAAAAAUACAGGAAGUUAAAUUGACUGCGAGGGUGUUUUAUGAAAUAAGAUAUGUGAUAAUGUAUGCUGUAUAAGAUGAA